UUUCUCCAUCACUCCACAAUUACACUCAACAUUUUCAGCCAUUUUUUAUGCAUAUACUAAUCAAAAAAAGGGGAAAAAAAUUGAUUUCUUAUUUCAAAUCAAGGUUGAUGUUAGAGAUUAUGGAAUAAAAGUAUUUGAUGUUAUCAUUGCAUUAUCAAUUUAGUUUCGUAUAACAAGGAGUAGGAUCUUCAAUCAAGAUGACAUCAAUUGGUGCCUUAUUUUGAAGAAAUGCACUUGUAAAAAUAUAUAAUUUGGAGAACUAAAACAGUUGUAAUCAGAGUGCCUGAUUUAGAUGGAGGGGAAGCAGCAUACACAAAGCAUUAUCGCCAAGCUUAUGGGACUUGAAGAGCUUCCACAUAAGCUGCCUCUCCUUGAUAAUAAGAAAAGAAGAGUGUUCUCGGAGAACUAUCUUCAGAAAACCGCUUCAAUAGGUUUACGAGAAAAGAGCUCAAUUUAGUUGGCCGUUCUACUAGAAUAAACACACCAAAAUACCAAAAAGUUGUAAAGGUAUUCAAAACUCAGAUACCUACCAGUAUAUCUACUGUUGGAGAUACUAUGAGAUCACUUCAAAACAUAAAGGUUAAUGAGUCUCUCGGUCUUAAGGCCGAGGCGGCAAUGAGGCUACGUUCCUCAAGUUUACUAAAUAACACAAGAGAAGAUAAGUUCCUUCAUUCCUUUGCAAACAGGUCAUUUUUUUCCAAAGAAUUGAAGAAACAAAUCAUUGAUGAAAGAUGGAAAGCAACUCAGGAUAUUGAAGUAGGUUAUAGAAACCACACUCUUGGAGAUACGAAUGUUCUGGCUGAGUUGGAAGCAAGGCCACAAUGUAUGGACUCUAAGCAUGAGAAACAAUGUUUUUCGCACAUUAGAAGUUCGUGCUCAUGUAGUCCUUCGUGUAUCAGCAGCAAGGAUGGUUCAAAGUAUGAGCACAGUAGGCUUUCACCACUUGAUUCUAGAGUAACCUCUGGAAGUCUUAAGAACAACAUUGGCAAUAAAGCAUCUAAAUAUGGUUCUCAUCUGAGGAAAAAAGAAAAUGUUGAUGGAAAAGAUUCCAAGCUUUCUUACCUAAAGCAGAAAGUUGUUCUAGAAUGUAGAGACUUGAGUUUUAUUCUUGAUCAGUACUCAUCUGGUUCCAUUAGUCCUUGUAUAAGCUCAACAUAUAUACAACCAGCUUGGGGAAGUCAAUAAGAUGAUUUAUGAUGAAAAAGAGAUUAUGCUAGAGAAAAACAGUUUGUAUAGGAGUAGCAAACAUGCUUCUGAAGCUCCACACUGCUCAAAUAUAAGUCUAGGUAAUACAGUGGCCAAUGCAAAUGCAGGGAACAUCAGAAAUUCUUCCAGGACCACUGAUCAGUUGCAGUCUGAACCAAAUAUAAGUCAUUCAUAUAUAGAAGGUGGCACUACUUGUAUCAUAUCUAUUGGACAGGAAUCAUGGAAUAAAACACAUGAAACUGGAGCACUUUCCACCACAGUUGACCCAAUUUUUCAUCAUAAUCUAAGAGAAACCAAUCAAACUAGUCCAAGUUCAGUUUUGGAACAACCUUUCAAGGAGGAGAAACUCUGUGCCUUUGAAUUGAAUUAUAGACAAGCUGAUCUAUGCCGUGUAGCAAUGCAACUUAAGCUUCUUGAUUCCAACUCAGAAGACACAUAUUAAGAAGGAUCCGAAAUGGCUGUCUCAAGUGAUGAUCUAUGUCAAGAAAAUAAAGAGAUAUUGAUAGACUUCAACACUGAAGAAACUAGGGACUAUUCCUACCUUGUUGAAGUUUUAGAUGAGGUGAGCUUAACAGUACUAGACUAUAAUAUCUGGAAUUCUUCUGAAUAUUCUGUCAAUUCCUCGGUGUUUGACAUGUUAGAGAAGAAAUACGGGAAGCAAGAGUCUUGGCACAAAUUAGAUAGGAAGCUUAUGUUUGACAUUAUAAAUUCAGGGUUGAGUAAGAUUAUGCAUUCAUUUAUGGAUAUUUACACGACGAAAAGAUCUUUGAAAAGAAGGUAUCAUUUUACGUUGAGGAAGAAAUAUGGAAGAUGCUGGUGAGUCCGAAAAGGGAAGUUUGCAAGGAUUUGUCUGAUAAAGCACUUGGAAAUGGAACACGGUGGUUGAAAGUGGAGGAAGAAGUUAAUACCAUAUGUCGAGAGAUAGAAAGCUUUUUGUUUGAGGAGCUAGCUGCAGAAUUAGCUUAUUAUUGAGAAUUUAUAAAAAUGGAUUAUUUCUGUCGCAAGUUAGUUGAGGCAAAAAAUGUAGUGUUUUUAUCAACAAUUUUAGCAUGAAAUUAUUAGAUACAACAAUAUCAACAUAUAUACCCAUUGUAAUUCCACAAAUAGUAUUUUAGUUUUGGUGACUUAAAAGGAAGUGAAAGGUAGCAUUAUUCUUAUCA